UGGAGCCAGCCAAUAGAGUCACCCUGUCCCUUUAAGAGAAGGGGGAGAGCUAGCCCCUCUCAGCCAUCCUGUCUUGUCAUCCGUCCUGGCCAAAUCCAAAAGGGAAAAUGAAAGAGGGACCAGGAGGAACAGGUCCCAGACGUCUCCCAAGAUCCUUCACUCAGCUUUAACAUCCCAGUUCCAGCAACAGGCGCCAUGGGGGAGUGGGCGUUCCUCGGCUCCCUGCUGGACGCCGUGCAGCUGCAGUCGCCGUUCGUGGGCCGCCUGUGGCUGGUGGUCAUGCUGAUCUUUCGAAUCCUGGUGCUGGCCACGGUGGGCGGCGCCGUGUUCGAGGACGAGCAGGAGGAGUUCGUGUGUAACACGUUGCAGCCGGGCUGUCGCCAGACCUGCUACGAUCGCGCCUUCCCCGUCUCUCACUACCGCUUCUGGCUCUUCCACAUCCUGCUGCUCUCGGCGCCGCCGGUGCUCUUCGUCAUCUACUCCAUGCACCGGGCCAGCAAGGAGCCGGGCGACGCGGACGCCGGGGCGGGGGCGCCGGGGACCCCGGGGCGCCCCGGGGGUCGCCGCGCGCGCCGGUGCUACCUGCUGAGCGUGGCGCUGCGCCUGCUGGCCGAGCUGGCCUUCCUGGGCGGCCAGGCGCUGUUCUACGGCUUCCGCGUGGCCCCGCACUUCGCGUGCGCCGGCCCGCCGUGCCCGCACACGGUGGACUGCUUCGUGAGUCGGCCCACCGAGAAGACCGUCUUCGUGGUCUUUUACUUCGCCGUGGGGUUGCUCUCGGCGCUGCUCAGCGUGGCCGAGCUGGGCCACCUGCUCUGGAAGGGCCGCCCGCGCGCCGGCCGCUGCAGCCAGACGGCCGAGCGCGACAACCGCUGCAAUCGCGCGCACGAGGAGGCGCAGCAGCUGCUCCCGCCGCCGCCGCCGCCGCCGCCGCCGCCGCCGCCGCCCGCCCUGCCUGCCCGGCGCCCUGGCCCCGACCCCUACGCCCCGCCCGCCUACGCGCACCGGGCGCCAGCCGGAGACAGCGAGGGCGGCAGCGGCCGCAGCAAGGCGUCGCUGGCCACCGUCCGCCAGGAUCUGGCCAUCUAGCAUCGCCUCGGCGUGGGGGUGAGGUCAGAGGCCGGAUGCCACCACCCCGGAACGAGAAGUGGUUCCGCACCCACUGUUCGCAGGACCCCCUGCCCAGCAGAGAACGCGCGGGGGGGUGUGACCCGCGGGGCAGCAUCCUCACUUCCCUGGAGCUCCCAGCCGAGCUGGGGGCAUCGAAUGAACCAAGGCUGGUCCUUGAUGCCACGAUCCAGGCAGAAAGGAAGGUGGCCAGAGGGGCGGGGAGAAAGUGGACAAGAGGCGAGCAGAGCAAGGGGAGGUUCAGGUGGUAACCUGGCUGUUUUACUGGGGACAGAAACAACUGUGAUACCAGCAUCCCAGGGGCCUCUGCUUGUUCAGACUGAGGCGUGGCCUCUGUGUGGGCUGUCUGUGUAUGUGCACACGCUACACGACGCGUAUAGACGGUGUGAGCUAUGUGUGCCCACUCACACAUAAGCCUAUGUGAGCUCUUUGUGUAUGUGCGUGCAUGCGUAAAUCCUGUGUGAGCUGUGGGGGUGUGUGUGCGUCUGUGUGCCCCGUGUGAGCUGUGUGUGUGAUCUCUGAGAUGCACUGUGUGGGUGGCCAGGAUCCAGUGCCAGCAGCAACCACAGUGGCUCCCGCCCUACCUGCAGGGGCAUCGCAGGAAGGUCUCCCCUCCUGAUGGAGCCCACACAGGAGGGGCACCCUGGGCAGGUCUCAGCCUGGUAGGGCCUGCGGGCACCACUGCACUCUCUGCCCUGCGGCCUGGGCCAGGUGGCUGGGCCCUCCUUUCAUGGAGGUAGAGUGGGGGUGGGCAGUGGGGUCAGAGGGCAGGGGUUGGUCUUUUCUAUUUUUACCCUCCCCACCCUGCUACUGUUAUCCUAGUCCAUAAACAUAGUUAAGUCUCUUCCAACCUCAGAAGAAAUCUCUCCCAAAACGGGCUCCUAUUCCUGCAUUUCCCUGCAGUCACCACCCUCUCCCU